AGUGGUGGGCUCUGAUCCUGGCUCUGUGUCAGUGUCAGUGUCAGAGUCAGAGUGUCAGUAUCUGUGUGCAUGUGUUCACCGCAGCAGUCAGACAGCUGAUGAUGAGCCUGCUGUGUAUUUAAAGCUCCGGGGGGAAAGCGGAAGUGUGGCCCGCUCUGUGUUAUCAGCUGAGAGCCGCUAGCUGUGUUAGCACGGAGCUGCACAGGGUUUCUACCGUCACCCAGCGGACUGGACCACCGCUGUCCAAGCCCACACAGGGACAUGAGACGAGGACACAGCAAGGGGACAGCGGGGUCGUGAUGUCUGUCGCCGUGAAGCAGCAGUGAGAAGACCACCCGGAAACUAACUUAUCCAACGCUGCGGGAGAGCAGAGUUCGUACGUUCUGCCUCCUCCUUCAUCCCUCUCCUCUGACCUUCACCUCCAUCUGGAGGGCCAGUAUCGGGACACCAUUACCAUGACGACAGGCGGGUGUUGCCACCUGCCAGGCUCUUUGUGUGACUGUGCCAGCAGCACGGGUCUGUGGAAGAGCGUGGAGGAGUCAGGCAGUGACGGUUGCCAGGCGCUGUACGUCACUCAGGUCACGGCCUUAGACGGACGGUUGCUGUCAUCUGUGCUGAAACCCAUGGCCUCACAGAGUGACGGCCCCAUAUGUCGUAUCUGCCAUGAAGGAGGCAGCAGCGAGCGUCUCCUGUCCCCCUGUGACUGCACAGGCACCCUGGGGACGGUGCACAGGAGCUGCCUGGAGAGGUGGCUGUCGUCGUCCAACACCAGCUACUGCGAGCUCUGCCACACAGAGUUCAGCAUCGAGCGCCGACCUCGGCCUCUCACAGAGGUAACAAAGUGGCUGCGGGACCCUGGCCCUCGUAAUGAGAAGAGGACGCUGUUCUGUGACAUGAUAUGCUUCCUGUUUAUCACGCCACUAGCAGCCAUUUCAGGCUGGCUGUGUCUCCGGGGCGCUCAGGACCACCUUCAGCUGGGGAGCUGGCUGCAGGCGGUUGGCCUCAUCGCCCUCACCAUCGCCCUCUUCACCAUCUACGUUCUCUGGACCCUGGUGUCGUUCCGCUACCACUGUCAGCUGUACACUGAGUGGAGAAGAACAAAUCAGCAAGUACAGUUGCUCAUACCCGAAGCCAAGGAGUCUAACUCUUCCCAGCAUUCUUUGCUCUCCAGUAAACUGAUGAAGAAGCCUGCCAAUGACAGUAUAGUAUGAGACUGAAUGGGAUUGGUUGAUGGUAGUCUUUUGAGAGUGUGGGGGCUUAUUGUCAUUGCGUCAUGCCUGCCACGACUUUAAACAAGCACUUGUGGGUCUUUUUUUUUUUUUUUUUUUUACUUCUCCCUUUUAUUUCCUUUCCCCAUCAAUCCCAAGUUUUUUCCAUUUCCUGUUGUUUUGAUAAAAUCUCUCCUUGUUUGGGUGCUGAACUGAGCACAAUUAAAUAGUCUGUCUUUGACAGAGCUGACGAAUGGAACAGUAGAGACUUGUUCAGUGUUAUCAUCUGCGAUGUGAUUGCAAUAGCUGAUAAUGAAAGUAAAGGAAGGGAUGGACCAAACGCACUUGUAUAAUGGACUUUCAGAUGUUGUAAUGGGUUGUUUUGCUUCUUUUCAACAACCCAUCAAUGGUCCACAGGUGACUCCAGAGAGUCCAUUCAUUGUUGUGCUGCAACGAUGAACGUGUGUAUCCAUUAGAUUCCUGUCACACCUGGGCAUACAAGACAAAGAAGCUGUUUCAAGAAGUUAUUGAAAAGCUCAGCUCUUUGAUUUACUCCCAUUUUACCGUACAGAUGCCAGAAAUGAAACUUUUUAGCUGUCGCUCAAGCUUAUGGGACGUUUCAGUGUUUUCUCUGCGUCUGUUUAUCUCACCUGAGAACGGAUGCUACCGCAACACUUGCAACGCCAGAGGUGGUUGUGCAAUGAAAACACUGUGGACUCCGAGGUCGUCACAGUACAUGAAGAGACCUCCGCCAACAUGCACAGUCAUGCAUGCAACUACUGUUAAUUAUUUGGGAUAUUUUUUUUCUUACUGUGUAUUAUAAAGUCUUUUUUAAACCACGAAGAAUGAACAAAUUUACUAUUCCUACUGAAGUGUCCUCAUAGAGGUUCUUGUACUAUCAGCACUUAAGAACUAGGUCUUUAUAUUUAUAUAGAUUGAAAGAAAACACCCAUUAAAAUGGCUUUUAGAGGAGCAUUCCCACGAGCUUAGUUUGGUGGCUGGUACUGUGUACUCAAACAUCAGUAUUAAUGGCCUGUUGAAGUACUGUGAUCGUUUUGUUUAGAUUUUGCUUUGUUUUUUACAACAAUACACAUUUCUAUUCGUGUGUAGUUUCCAUGAUCACAGCAAUCAGGGAUACAGAUGAUAAAAUAUUGUAAUUUCGUCACAUCAAGUCAUGGUUAACCAUAGUUUCUUAUGGUGUUUAGUGCUAUUGCCAAUCUGACAUAAACUUAACCCACCAACCAUGACUGUGAUUGGUGGAACCAUUAUGCAAGCACCACAAAGGCCAAAUCUGACCAAACUUUGUUUUUUCUUUCUUUGAAGCAGGCAACUAGAUGCUCACAUGCUCUUCUAAGUCCAUUUCAUCUGGGUUUUUCCUGCUUAGAGAAUUGCGAGGCAGCCGCCUCCGUCAAAUUUCAUGCUGCCUACACCUCCCACACACGUAUGUAAACUCAGACUGGGUAGAAAGGGCUGGAUUCAGUUGGCAGUGUGCAGCGCGAAUGAUAGACACAUACAGGAGCAGUAAAUUACUGACAGAGCCUGUUAGAAACGGCCUUAACAGCCCAAACAUGUAUGAAAAGACCCAAAACGAACAUUGUAAGCAGACUUAGUGGAGCUGUGCAUGGCUUCCUGGGUGUCUGCCCCGGGCUUGGAACCCCCUGGUCUGACGGCUCAAUAUCACCCCGCCUAAUUUUUGGCCAGGAAAACCCCUGUUGAUGGAAGGUCGUCUUCUUUGGGGGGAUGUUACAUUGUGAUGUUACUGACCAGAACAGUUCGUACUGGCUGUGAUUGGGACGGCAGAGAGGAUUCACUUCUCUCUCUUGUAUAUAGUUUGGUGCAUUUGUAAAUCCGGUCGCUCACAGUGGCUGAUAAUAGACCAGUCAGAGAUGAUAUUCUCUGAUUUGAGAGGCGAAAAACCACAAACCAGAGUCAGCCUGGUUUCCAGAUCUCCACGUCAUAAUGUGGUCGACUUUGAAAGCAUUUAUUUCUUCAUUCCAUGUCAUUUGGUUUAUGAGGAGAUGGUUGAUUAAACACACUGUGAGUCAUCCACAGGGUGAGAGGAAAACUCCGUUAACAUUUGUAGAAUAAUGUUAAAAUGAACAUGAUUCAGUCCAUGGACCUGAUGAAGGCCAUCGACUCUAACACAUCAGCUUUAAGGAUACAACACAUCAUCCUUUGGAGGACAUAUAGGUGCUAAGCUCUGAGCUCAGUAUUACUGUGUAUGUCUUACAAGGUUUAGUUUCAUUUAUAGCUGCGCAAUUCUGCUGGAUGCAAUUUAAAAAAUAAAAUGCCUUAUCACAGAAGGCAUUGAGAGCAAUGGGGCAAGCUUUAAAUUUGUAAUGGCUCUUAUUGUUACAAGCUAAAGUUUUAAUUUAAUUAAAAAUUAUCAUUUACUUUUGGUUUGCAUUUUGUCUUCAGUGCAGUGGCAUUUAUAACUCUGUCACUUUGUCUGAUUUUAAUGUUUUGUUUAACAUACUCUUAUCAUGCUUUCCCUUAAUUUUCUACUAUUGUAGACACAAAAGUCCAGUAGUCUGGAUUUUAUGCACAUUUGCGUUGAUAAUGUCUUUAAUUUAAUAUAUUCGUGAACAAUGUAUUGACUUAAACUGGUAUGUGGUGGCGUGAGACAGUCAGAUGUUUUCAAAAUGUCAAAGAGUCUUUUCAGGAGGAAACUCUGAGCAUCUCCGUCACAUUUUCAGAGAUAUCGAUACCGAUAAUGGGGAGGAAACAAAUUCCUAUACUAAUAUAUCAAUAGAUACAUAUUUUUAAAAGAUUGGCAAUGAUUCCUAAGAUGUUAAUAUGGUAUUUAAGAGUUAAACCAUAACCUUUUAAUAUGAAUAACAAUAAGGUAAAAGAAAACACAAAUACAACCAAAUAUACAGAUCUUGAAAAAAGAAACCAAAUUUUUGUUACAUAGAAGUUCAACAUUAAUACUUAUCUCUGUAAAAUAAAGGUUUAGUACAACAACAAACAAACAGAAGCUGAUAUGUUCUUGAAAGGCACAUAAGGGACGGUCACCCAAUAAUUCAGUCUGACUCUAGUUAUUUCCCUGCCCGGGCUUCACUCGACGAACAUCACCCUUUGGAACAUUGAGCUGUUGGUGUGGUGUCCCACAUUCUGCCCCAGUUAAUCUUUUGUUUGUGUUUUUAAUUGAUCGAAGGAUUAUAUAUUGCAAUACUGCCAUGCACCCGGGGGCCUCGUCUGCCUUACAAGCUUAUGAGUCAUUUGAUCAUCUACGUGUUUACUGUUUGUCAUAAACAAGCUUUACUCCAGGCAUUAGGGUCAACUGGGGAACUGGUUCGAAGCAAAGAGGUGAUGAUUCAAAAUAGCUUAAAAACAAGAAGCUGGAAUUUAAAGUUGAAGCAGAUCAAUAGUGUUUUCUGUUUUUUUUCUAAGUUACCCACCAUUUAUGCAGAGCUGCUCCUCGUUCUACAUGUCUGUUCAUGUCAGAGUUAUCAGAGCUCCUCAUCUCUCCAAAGAGUUUCAUAACACAUUUACCAUGAUGCAAUUGAUCGUUUUAUAUAGAUUCCACCACUCAAACCCACAAAGGGAUUUUAAAUCAAUGUUUUCUUUGUUUAAUACACAAAAAAACAUUUAGACGUUACUUAUGUUGUGUCAUAUGAUAUUUUUGUAAUCUUUUAAUUCUACAUGUCUUUUUUUUGGAGGUUGAAUAUGUUAAUGUAUGUAUCAUUUGCUGCAGUUCAGUAUUCACACUUGCCAAUAAUAUGAUGUUUAUGGUCUGCUGUGAAAAAAAGAAAGAUGUCUUCACCAAACCCUGGUACCUGCAAUCAGCCAAGAAGUAUUUGCAAAGCAAAUAAAAAUGAUGAUAAAUUA